AUGUGCCAAAACAAAUGUUCGCCCAUCAAACACCCACUGGCUAAAGCCCGCAAGACUCAGGCAUUUCUUUCGCUGAUCUCCUGGCCAUGUGCAUUUGCCGCCAUUUUCACAGCCCAUGGAAGGGCUGAGGCCUGGCUUCAGCUGAUUGCAAUCACAAUCUCCGCUGCUGGAUCUGUGUUCAUGCUUUGCAGAUACCGCAAGACCCGAAGCCAGACCUAUGCGACCCUUGAAGUCGCUAUCGAUGGCUUCACCACGGUUCUUUUCAUGGGAAUCUACAUCGCGGGUAUUGUGAUUCUUGCAACUUUUAAUAUGAAUUCAUGGAGAGCCCACUCUAGUUACACGCUUGCUCGUGCAAUUCCGCAGAUCUACUCCAACCUUUCUUGCUUUUUGCUCUUCCUGGCAUAUCUACGAUCCUUCGCCCAAGGAGCUUACUGCCGAUACAUCAAACAGCUGAUGAAUGCUCGCCGGGGAAUCACCUACGUUAUCUGCCCAUCCUGUGAUCACACUGAAAGCUCCCUCAACGGACAAACACAGGAGAUGAAGGGUGGUGAGCAGGAUGUUUCUGCCUCCGGGGGUCUUCUGGGGGGUCUGUAUACUGACCACGAUGUCGAGGCCCAGCCAUUGCUGUCUGGAAACACUGUGGUCGCAAAUGACCAGCAAUCUACGGGUAUCAUCAACAAGAACUGA